AUGGCUUCGUGCUCCUUCGUGCAGAGGUGCCAGUGGCUGCUGCCUUCACCUUUUGCUCAGCGCUGGAUCCCACGGCAGCGGCUGCCAUGUUGCCCCAAGCAGCAGCAGGCCACGGUGGUCUUUCUAUCUGGGUAUCACCCAGCCCGGCUCGCUGCAGCAGGGCAGCCCCACACCUCGAGUUGUAUUAGGCUGCUCGGCGAGAGCUUGGGCCCCCAGCCCCCCGCUGCCUCCUGCAAUCCCAGGCCUAGGGAGGGCAGAGGGCUGCAACCUCCAGUCACGGCUACCAGGACCCGGGGUCCGGCCUCACUGCCUGAGGGGGGAACCACGCGUGGGUCCCGGGCUGAGCACGGCUCCGCAGCCGAGCGGACAGGAUUGGCCUCACGCUCCCCACGCGGCCCCCGGGGCCUCAGCUCCCGCGGGAGCUUUUUCUUAUCAGCCAUCCAGAACUCGGUUAAUCGCCUCGCAUCCAUCCCCGCUAUCUGGAACGUGCAAGGCGGAGCGGAUUUACCCUCCCCGUUCAGCGGCCAAAAAAACACGACCGGAGCAUCGCCCACCCCGAGGCCGCCCCAUCGAGCGGAUGCAGCCACAGCACAGGAGGGUCCGGAACGCUCCGCUCAGCGCCCACCUUUGUUUCGGACAGGGGGGCUUCGGCUACAGCACCGACGGCGCGGACUCCCGCUGCCCUCCCCGCCCCAGGAGCGCCUCGCGGGGCGCUGGAGGUCACCACCGCCUCCCGCCGCUCUUCCACGUGGGGAGAAAAGCAGAACGCGGGCCCGACCGCGACAAAAAAAAAAGAAAACACAAGGCCUGAAUUACUACGAUAGGAAAGGUGACGAAACACAAAGGCAGGCAACUCCGACGGCACAGCGAGCCGGGAGCGGACCCGCCGAGCGGCGUCGGACCACGACCCGGCGCUGUACGCGUGCGGCCCCGAACACGCGGCCGAGGUCCCAGCAGCUCCGAGGUCCCAGCAGCUCCCGAGGCCGCGCGCCGAGGGCAUCGCAAAGCGGCCGGGGAGCAGCCGCCGUGUAUACGCUACGUGGCGAUGCAUACGAGCACCAUAAUGAACGCAGCGACGUUUUGGUGCAGAUUAAAGUGAAAAAUUGA